CGCGGCGGUGCCCGGCCUCCUCCGUUGAGAAGCAGAAGAGAACCAACUCGGCCCGGCCAAAGCACAGCAAUUCAGGCGGAGUAUCGACAGCAGCAGACAGACAGCCCGUGUCCGGCUUCUUUGUUGGUUGAUCAAAGAUUCCGUCAGCCGCGCUUUCCUCUCUUGCUCUCUCUCAUCCUUCCUUGCGCUCGCACCCACAUCACGGACAUCAGCCCUCGUCAUGGCAGCUGUAUCUCUCCACCCGCUCGCCUCGCGUGAUGGUACGCAAUCGGCCACCGUGGUUUCGGUGCAAAUUCCAGCACAGGACGAUUCUUCUGCGAAUCUAGCUCACAGACAUCGCUUCUUGACAAGUGACGCUGCCGUGCAAGAUCGCGCACAGUCAUCGACGCCUACCUUGACGGCCUCGGCUGGCCAAGACCAAGAGUCUCUGAGCUCCAGCCCGACAGCACGAUCGGUCUCGCCUAUCUUUUUCAGCGAGUACCCUCCCCGGCACGCUACGACUGCUGCCUCCAACUGCCAACAGAGUGACUACCCUCAGCCACAACUACAUGAGCAGCAGCAACAACAACAACAACAACAACAACAAUUAUUGCAGCAACAGCAGGUCACAUAUGGCCUUGUCCAUCACGACCUGGACCAAUACCCCAUCCUUGAUGACGAUGCCUCUCCCUACGAUGGUUACACCGACGCUGCUUCUGCCGAGGCAUGGUUUCCCUAUGGAAAGCCACCGGCGAUUCGAGCCAUGUCAGCUGCGCAGUACAACGAGCUGCACGACCAGUACAUCAACCUCGACGUGCCGUCCUCGGCCGUCUUUCCCUUCCUGCACGGCGUCGACGGCGACAAUCAACAGCAGAAUCUGUUCUUCGGAGCGCCGCCUGAGGGCAUGCCUGCCCCCAGCUACCGUGGUCUCACCGUCGUUCGCGCAGACAUGCCCUUGCCCGACCAGCACGGAGGUAGGAACAGGAGGAGGAACACGCGUGCAUCAUCCUCGGCGUCUCUCCUCUCCGAUCUCGCAGCGAUGUCCGAAUCACGGUCUAGGGCUGACUCGCUCGCGACAACGGCGUCAAGCUCGGCACACAGCUACACGAGCAGCCGGAGCAGUGAUGGCGAGAGGGAUAUCGACCUGUCUAUGCCGAUCAAAGGCGCCUGUCCCAUCGCAGCGUCUGCCUCGACAUCAUCGAUUGCUUCAUCGGCAACGCCCUCGGAACAGUCGCGAGCCUCGUCGCUCUUCUCGGGCGUUCUCAGCGACGCCUCGACCGAAGCCAGCAGCGUACAAGGCGACGCAUACAAAGCUUCCGCAGCCGCUGGCUACCAUGCUCGUGCCUCGCGCUCUCGAAUGCAUCGCAACAGCCCACCCGUCUACGAUCCCCAGCCCGAUCAUUCCUUCCUCACCUCGUCCAUCACGCCAUCGGAAAUUCUUUCGCCGCCCUACGUAGCAGACACCAAGACCAACAGGCUGCAGCCCGUCUCGCAGAACUCGGCCCCGAGCGAGGACUGCUACGUCCAAGGACCAUCUUUCUGCCAGCCUCAACAGUCGCAGGGCAUCAGUCUGCGCAAUUUCAAAAUUCAAUGCUCCAAGUACGCCACCAUCUCCGACAUUGUCAUCUACUGCCCCGCUGGACUCCAUGAAGGCGCUCUCACCCUCGCCAGAUGGUUCCGCGAAGCCCAAGAGGCCUGCUACGAGGAUCGCUGCGAGCGUGGACUGGCUUGCCUACGCUAUAAUGUCUUUGUCGUCACUGACCCAUUCGAGGUCUUUGAACGUGAUUUCCAUCAUCUCAUUGCCAUCGACGGUAGCGGCUACUCUCGCAACCGUAUCGACUUUGUCGACCGUGAGAGGGACGAAAUGCAGCGCAUGUCUGCUGCCUCGGAGAUUGACGAUAACGUCUGGAUGGGAUGCACUGCGGACGCGCCCGUGUUGCCCGACGACACGAGCAGUGGAAGGGACUCGUCCUUUUCGCUGGACUCGGCUCCUCCAGAAGAGGCCAAUCCGCAUGGCUUCGCCAUUUGCAUCGAAGCGCAUGACGGUGCGCAGAUGCCUCAGCCCAUUCAGCUUUCCCAGGCAUCCAAUCACAUCGGGAACAUCGAGGCCGAAGCCAUUUUCGAGCUCAACAGUAAAGGCUCCCUACAAGAGCUCGAAGAAGAUGAAACCGUCUUCGACGAUGCCCAGUCGUGCGACUCGUGCGAGGCUGACCGUGGCUCCCUCUCUCUCGGUCCCAAUGGCUGGUCGCCCGAGUGCCGUGCACAGAAGGGCAGCUAUCGUCGCUCAGUCGCACACAAGGCUGGAAAAGGUCAGAGUCCGGGUCAAGGUCAGCAGCAAAAGCAAGAGCAGCAGCAUAUUGCGCCUCCCUUCAUCUACCAUGACCCUGGCAACAUCUUCCACUUUGAGUGCACCUCCACUCUUGCUGGCAUCAGGGACCUCGAUCAAAUCAUCGAGGACAUUGUGACGCUCUGCGUCUGGAUCAAGAAGCAGGCGUGCCCACCCAAAGUCAGCAAUGUCCACGCCCAAGGCCAUGGCUUGCUGCAUGGUUCCUUCCGAGGUGUUGGCUACGGUCGUCAAGGAACAAACACCUGGUCGCCCGGAAUGACUCGGUCGAUCGUCUCGUCGCAGCAACAGCAGAUUCCCCGUAGAAUCCUCAUCCACUGCGGCGACGGCUACACCGAAUCUUCCAUCUUGGGCUUGGCCUACUUGAUGUACUCGCGCGAGCUGUCGCUGCCUGAAGCCUACCUGGACCUUCAGAAUCGCUGCCAACGGUCUUUCUUUGUCUAUGGCAAGGACAUGAUCCCUCUUCGCAGGCUGGAGAAGCGCAUCGCUCAGGAGAUCAAGUACCACCAGCGAUUUGCCGCCGAAACGGCCGAGAAGGACUCCACCCGCUCUAGCAAAAUUAGGCACAGCUUUGCGUGGUCCAUGGGCGCAGGACCAAUGCUUGAAGAGACUCAGAUUCCCACUCGACGGUCGCAGCAGCAGCAGCAAGCCGACUUUCGUCACUCUUCGCGACGAUCGAGCCAUUCUCGUCGGAACUCGAUGAACUCCGAAUCUUCGAGCCAUGAGCAAAGCGUAUGGGCUCGAGGCCUCGCUGCUGCGUCUGGCUUGGUCAGUGGAAGCCAGGGCCCGCAAAGCCGCAAGAGCGGCGCAAGCUGCAACACUGCCACUCCCGUUGCCGUGACAGCAUCGUCGAGCACUAACAGCGUCAAUGAUAUCAACCGCGCCAGCACGCCAACGCCAGCCUCGACGAAUGGUUCUGCCAGGGGAAGUCUAAUGCCCCAGGCGAUCAUCGAUCACAGUUGGUUCACGGACCCGCGUUUCGAAGCGUCUUUUCCUUCGCGCAUUCUUCCAUUCCUCUACCUCGGCAACCUCAAUCACGCUCUCAAUCCCUCGAUGCUACACGCGCUCGGCAUCACACACGUCGUCUCAGUGGGAGAAAGCGCUUUGGUACCCCCUCAGAUCGAGGCGGCCAGUUGCGCCCAUGCGAGGCGAACGAGUGGACACAUUCCUCCGAUUCCUGAAACACGCAAUUCGCUCUGGGUCGAGCAGCAGGAGGGAAGGAUCUCGGUCCUCGACCUCAAGAACGUUUCGGACGAUGGCAUUGACUCGCUCCGACCUUAUAUGCACCAAGCCAUCGAGUACAUUGAGCAGGCUCGUCUGCAAGGCGGAAAAGUCCUUGUCCACUGUCGCGUCGGCGUGAGCAGGAGCGCAACGAUUUGCAUUGCCAUGGUCAUGGCCCACCUCGACCUCAGCAUGAUCGAGGCUUUCCUCUUCGUCAGAAGCCGACGUAUGAACGUCCUGACGCAACCCACCCUCCUCUUCGUGUGGGAGCUUCGAGGCUUUGAGGCACAGUUGGCCAAGCUCAAGAACAAGCGCGCCGUCAAAGCUCGUCGCCGCUCGUCAAUGAUGAUGAUGUCGUCGUCUUCAUCAUCGUCUUCAUCAUCGUCACCGGCCUCCUUUGACUCGAACUAUGCCAUGAAAUACUCUCCAGACAACAUCUCUCUCGCCGACCUGUCGAUCUCGACGACAGGCUCUGGCACCAACGGUCGAAGCGCCUUUUCUUCAUCUUCGUCGUCCUCCGCUGCCUCGUCCACAUCUUCCCUGGCCGCGGCCAGAGGAUGUACCCAAGGGAACGAGCUCAGGGUCGACAUCGGCGCAGGCGCGGGAUCGGUGUAUGGAUCGCGCAUCAUCGAUUACAAGAAGAGACCCUUUGGGUCGGGAAGCCUUACGAAACUGCCCUAUUCCAGCGCAAAGCUCACUCACGGCUACUUUUCCAAGCUCCUGAGCGAGCUCAAUGCUCGCUAUUCUGUCGCAUAGACGGGUUCCCACUCUCAGCACAACAUCUCGGUUCAAACAACAGCACGCAAAGGUCUCAAUCAAACAAAACAGCACGGGUCAAUCACGCGACA